ACUUACUUCCCUUUGGAGAAUCGAAAUCUCGACCUCAUGUAGGUGGUCUCCUGGCGUAAAAAGGCUUUCCGUUCGUCCGUUGUAACUUUGCACUCUGCGAUUGUACACCACGAUCGAUGCUUCGUUUCCAACCAACUUCCCCCGUUGGUUUACUCACGCCGGGCUAUGCCACCCUUGCGGCGGUAUUGUCACAGGCAGGCCGUGCGCCCAAAGCUUCCCAAGAUGAAUCAGGGGAAUGCUCUAAAGCGGCGGAGGACUCUAAGCACGGCUCCGUCUCGGGGCGCAUGUCACACCUGUCGCGCGAGACGUGUGAAAUGCGAUGAAACUCGGCCACAUUGUCUGAAAUGCGCGCUCGCAGGUCGGCAGUGCCUGGGCUAUCGCGAAAUAGAACUGGCUGUUCGCGCCGAGCCAGGAGGACAGCUCGCACCCUGUGGCGCCACAUUCGAUCGAAAUGUUGCGUUGAGCGACCAAAAGGAGGUACUUCAACUGAGCAUUGCGGAUGCGUCAGCGAUGCUGGCCCGCACUCGUGCUCGUGCAAGCGCAUGGGAUGGUAUCACACUCAGCGCAGCUAAUGCAAUUAACUCGAGAUCGCUUGAGCAGCUUCAGAUGUUAUCCAACGUUCUCGAACACCACUUCCCAUCCCGACUGGGUGAGGCCAGCAGCGCUAAGCUGGGAUCAUUCCUUGGCCGCGUGCCAGCUCUGGAUCUCUCUUCCCCCCUCGUCAGCCAUGCCGUCGACUCACUUUGCUUUGCCCAUUUCGGCGCACAUAAUGGAGACAAAAGCCUACUGAGAGUGUCCCAAGUUGCAUAUGGGCACGCAAUCAACGCCUUAAGGCGCGAGGUCACUAGACUUGACCAUCCAACAUCCAACCACCGAAAGCUCCUGUACGCCAUCAUGGUCAUAGGGCUCUAUGACGAUGCAAUGCCAUUAGAACAUCGCCGCCAAAACAGUUGGGAAGUGCAUUAUUGGGGCGUGCACGAAUAUCUCCAGCGAAAUCUUCGCCUUCCUCUUCUAUGGCUUGCAAUGCUUCGUCGUAGACCGCUAGUCUUCGCCCGAUCGGAUUGGGUCCAGGCCACCACGUUUCCGGAGCAUUUCUAUAUCAAUAAGUCGAAUCAAAAGGACUGGUACAUGAUCGCGUCACGGCUGCUGGGCGCUCUUGGGCGAGCGGAACAGCUUAUGUCAGAGAACGGACGCACAACGGUUUCGCAACUAUUGGACGGUUUCCAUAGCAUUGAUCGCAUCUGUCAAGAACUGAACGCAUGGUUGCUUGGCGAGCGCGAACAUCGCCACGCCAGACAAGUUGCUUUGAAAGACGAGGAUGCUUUCGACCCGACUAUCGAGGAGCACAUUUUCAUCCUUACGUCCCGAACAUUUGAUGAUUUCCUGGACUACAAAGGCGCCACAACGAUUACGCGAGUCUCUGUCGUAUGGUUCCUACUUCUCACAGCAGAGUGCAUGAAGUUACGCUUCUUUUACAUUGACGCGUUUGCAAGGACAAGACCGGCGCGCACGCGAGAAGGGUUGGAGGGUCUCGCUUGCCGCCAUGCGAAGGAGAUGUGCCGCAUGGUGUUCUCCUUCAGUCGGUUGACGGCCAUAGCCAACGCCCACUGGAUGUCUCUGAUGUUGAGGAUCGCACAUGGGUUUUUCGAGGACUUUGGCGCCACCCGCGAAGCAGAGUGGUGCCUGGGCUGUGGCAUUGCCACAAGGCUGAGGAUAAAACGAAUGGAGAAGACCGAGCCACCGACACUGUGUCGUAUGGCGAAUCUCGGCGCUACUGCGAAUGUGUUGGCGGGCUGUGCUCGGUAUAAGCCGCGGAGCCGCACACCCUCACCGCAUCUUGCAGACUGGUGUGUUGGACGCGGUGUUUGAGUCAUGCUUAGAAGGCGUUGCUUGAUCAGCAUGGGGCAGGGGACUCGUCAUGCUCCGACAUUGCGGAUUAACGUGGCGCACUGCAAG